ACACAUGCGCAGAUGCAGCGUCAGCGAGGCUGGCUGAGCGCGGGGUAAGUUUGCUACUGCCGGGGCUGAGUGAGCAGGGAGAGCCGGCCGGCGUGACUGGAGGAUGAGUGGAGCCAAGUCCAGGGAACACCUCGUAGCCAACGGCGGCUUAAAAGUAUCCGUCUGGAGUAAAGUGCUGAACAGUAACGCGGCCUGGGAGGAUAAGGAUGAAUUCCUUGAUGUGAUCUACUGGUUUCGUCAAAUAAUUGCAAUUAUUUUGGGUGUUAUCUGGGGAGUUGUUCCACUUAAAGGAUUCUUGGGAAUAGCAAUAUUUUGCCUGAUCAAUGCAGGGAUCCUAUACCUCUACUUUAGCAGCUUCCAACAGGUGGAUGAAGAAGAAUAUGGCGGAACAUGGGAACUAACAAAAGAGGGAUUUAUGACAUCUUUUGCAUUGUUUCUGGUUGUUUGGAUCAUCUUUUACACAGCAAUUCACUUUGACUGAAGAUCAAAAACUGUCAUCAGUUCCUGCCAGUUUUAAAUGUUGAAAGAGAAAUCAAACACUUUACUGGGUGUAUAUUAUAUGGGGAAAAAAAACUCGCAGUAGUUCAGUAUCUUUUGUACCAUCAAAUCAUGGGACCUGUGAAGACUCCAUGGUACAGCUUGCAGGAAGUUGCAUUCCCAUUGCUGUUUUAAUGUAUGGAGAAUUUCAGGAAUUUUACAAGACGUGGAUCUCUUUGGCCACCAUGGUUUCGAGAGCUACAGCAGCAUUGAAGUGCAGCUUCCCAGUGUAAUUCCCUACAAUGUUGGUACUCAUGUAGUUAGUAUCUAUUUUAAUUUAAUUAAUGUAAAUUAUCUGUAGAAUUGGAGAAGAAACAUUAAUUUUUAACUUGUACAUCUUUAAGAGUUUGUAUUUCAGACUUUAUAAUGGAAAAUGAUUGCACCUUGGUAGCAUUAAAAUUACAAACCAAGACUGUUUUGUACCUGCUUUAAAGAUCAAAGUGGUUUAACCAACGUUUCAAAUUUUCAGUCAACUGAUAAAGUUUUGAUACCUGGAGCAGGUUUAUUGAAUGUUUUGUACUGGCUCAUAUUCUUGUCUUCCUUUUUUUCCUACUAAUGUACAUAUCAGAUUAUAUAGAUAUCAAACAUUUUGGUGCUUUGGAUUACAAUAAUCCCAAAGCUUUGAGACUACCUCCUUUUCACUACCCCAAAGUAAUUAA